AUGGUUAGCUUGCCUACCGUUAGCUACCCUCCCACCACAGGAUGGGGAAGGGUGGAAGGGAGGGAGGACGGAGCAGCUUUUCGAGGUAGUGUCCAGGUACCCAGAAUUUCUCGAACACUGCCUUUCAAUGUGAAAAAGUUCAGAUACACGGAGAUGUUCGGCUUUUGUAUCGCUGAAAACUUGCAUCCUCAAUGCCCAGACAAUGAGGUUCUCCUCAACGGCAAAUGUGUGCAAAAAGUUCCGAUUGGCUCCCCGUGCCAAGUUACCCAACAAUGCUUGGGUGGUGCACAGUGUAACUACGGGCUAUGUCAAUGUGCUGCUGGACAGUCAAUCAUCAAUGGAGUUUGCUCAGGAGGUCCAGGUAGUGGAUGUCCUUUGAAUCAGAGAGGGGCUAACAAGCAGAAAUUCUUGACUGUGGAAAAUCUGCAGGUUAUGGUGAAUGGACAGUGCAUGCCUACGGUAGGUAUAGGUUUGCGCUGCUCUUACACCCAGCAGUGCCUUGGAAACUCGGUUUGCGUCGGCAACGUCUGCCAAUGUCCCAGUGGUAGCAAUAACUACAAUGGAAAAUGCACUAGUCCAGAAUGCCAGCCAAAUCAGGUAACCUAUAUACUCCAUAUUUUGCAAUGCAUUCAAAGCUAUUCCGAAAAAGCCGUUACUUUUCUCGCUCAAAAUAAUGUAGCAGUGGUCAACCUCCUGCGGAAGUUCUCGCAGUUAUUGAAAAAGGGCAAAAUUACAGAUUUUUGUUCAAAGUCCUGCGGAAGUUUAGCUAGCGUCGCUCGUCCUGCGCGUGCCGCACUGGUAAAGAAUACGCAAAAAAUACGAAUUUUUGUGUUGUGGCAAUCUCAUUUUUACGUAGCGAUAGUCUACCAUCGAAUCCAAGGAAGUUCCCACCCAAGCUCGGCUUUUGAGAAGUCCUGCGAAUUUUCGUCUAUUCGCCUCUCUUGCGGAAGUUCUGCACAACUGCUGGAUUUGCUGACAUUACAGAUCCUGGUAAACAAUCAAUGCCUGCCCCUAGCAGUCGUUGGCGGACGAUGUACUUACAAUGAGCAAUGCACUGGUAAUUCCGAAUGUGCGAAUGGGUACUGUCGAUGUUCUGACGGUUCUGCUCCAAAUAAUGGCAUAUGCAACGGACAGAGCAGUGCGUGCAAGAGUUAUCAGGUGGGGAAAUUUGAGCAAUACAGUCUUGGACAAUUUGUAUCCGUAAACAAUCAAUGCCUUGACAAAGUAUCCAUAGGACAAAGCUGCACAAAUGCAGCUCAGUGCAUAGGUAUGAUGACUAGUCAAAGGCUUACGAAAUCUGGCAGUUGCUAUAAUUCUUGA